AUGUUGACCACGGACGUUUGCAAGAGCUUGAAGUUGGCUAUGGGAGGUCUGGGAUCUUCCUCUGGUGUCGGCGCCACAGGGAAUCUCGACAUGCAACAGGUCCGGGUGGAAGGUGCUGCUCUGGUGGACGAGGAGGAGAGCUGCCCCUUGCACCCCAUGGCAGGAGUCGUGGUCGACAACUUUCCCCAGCUGAGCAUUGCAGGUGAAGUGGGCAUUGCAUUGCAGGGAAUGCUGGGACAAGGCUUCAUGGACCAGUACGACCUGGAGCUGGACGCCCCGAAGCAGCGGCUCCGGGCCUGGCCGAGGGCCUCGCUGCCGGACUCCGGCUCGGACGGCUCGGACGGGGACUGGAGGGCCCUGGAGGCUUUGGGCAUGCCAGGGCGCCUUCAGGGCCUGCUGCUCACGGUGCCUGGAUGCCUGGAGCCGGUGGUGGGCCUCGUGGACACCGGCGCCUCGCACACGGUCCUGAACCGGCAAGCGGCAUACGUCUUGGGCCUCCGCGUCGACAUGGGCGCUGAGAGGAAGGUGCGGGGAAUUGGCUUGGAUAAUUCGGUGCUAGAGAUGCCUUUGCUCAGCUUGAUGAACAUUACCCUAUCCAGCGCACGGCACGUGACCAUCACUCCACGCAAAUCAGGCGCCAGCGAUGCCAGUGCCAGCGCCAAUCCGGUGGAUGGGCGCCGCUCCUGGCGUUUUUGCAACACAGGUGCUCGGAUCAAGGGGCCCAUCGCCACGUUCCCAGAGGCUGUGGAUGUUGGAAUUGGAGAUAUCGGCUUGUUCCAGGAGCUGCUGUCGCAGCCCCAAGAAACUAUCGGGGACUUCGAUGGUCCUGUCGCCUUGCUGGGCCAGGACCUGAUGACCCAGAUGCCCCUGCGCUACAGCGCAGCGCGGGGGAGGCUUUGGUUCCGCCACGACUGA